CAGCGACUGUAAAUACAAGAUCCAGAAUAGUAAUAAGUAAUAAGAGAUGUUGAAAUGCACAUUAUACAUUUUCAUAUUUAUUUUUUGAUUUAGCGUGCAGAAAUAUGAACAGUAUAUCAUGCAGGUCCAACACGAUGAAAUGUUUUUAGCGGUGUGCCUGUUUAAUAUUUCGCGCGUGUUGCUGCAAUAAUGCGUCAGACUGGGAUUAGGGGAUGUGGGCCGGCCCUGUGGUAUCGAAGGCGAUCCUCCUACUCCAAUUCACUCCGGGAUCUCAGCUGCCGGUUGUCGGUCCGUCGGCGUCGAGCACAGGCUCGCACAGUGAACCACAGAGCCGCGGACCACCUCGGAAUAACAUUCAGGUAGCGACAUUUUGAAAAUACACGUGAGGACAAAUGUAAAAAUGAUGGAAAUUCCAUAGCGUUUUGUUUUUUUUAUUAUGCCGGAGCGCCCGUUUCGUUUCGUUUUUUGCGAGGCUGAUGAAUUAAAAUCAGCCCAAAAAACACAAUCUCCGCUCUCGCCGUGGAUACGAGCGCGCACUGAUGCCGUGGCUGAAAAAAAAGUAUUAACAAAAAAAAAAAUCUAAUCAAAUCUCAAAAUAGUGACGAAGUUCUGCAGAACAUCGAGCUUUUCGCUUCUUUCUUUUUUUGUACGGAUCAGAUGCGGCGGAUGUUAGUUUGCUGAGGCACAGGUCCAUCGACCCCCCCCAUCCACCCAUCCCCACCCCGGGCCCCACCUUCACCCAGACCGGAGCAUGAUCCCGGGGGCCCCCGGCACGACCACCACCAUGCUGCCCGCCUCCGAGGCGGCCAAAAUCUACCAGACCAACUACGUGCGGAACUCCCGCGCCAUCGGCGUCCUCUGGGCCAUCUUCACCAUCCUCUUCGCCAUCGUCAACGUGGUGUGCUUCAUCCAGCCGUACUGGAUCGGCGACGGCACGGACACCCCGCAGGCGGGCUACUUCGGUCUGUUCCACUACUGCAUCGGGAACGGGCUGUCCCGGGACCUGACCUGCCAGGGCAGCUUCACCGAGUUCAGCACCAUCCCCUCCGGCGCGUUCAAGGCCGCCUCCUUCUUCAUCGGCACGUCCAUGGCGCUGGUCCUCUCCUGCAUCGGCUGCUUCGCGCUCUUCUUCUUCUGCAGCACCGGGACCGUGUACAAGAUCUGCGGCUGGAUGCAGCUGGCUGCAGGCACCUGUCUGAUUCUGGGCUGCAUGAUCUACCCGGACGGCUGGGACAGCGACGAGGUGAAGCGGAUGUGCGGCGAGCAGACGGACAAGUACACGCUGGGGGCGUGCUCGGUGCGCUGGGCCUACAUCCUGGCCAUCAUGGGCAUCCUGGACGCCCUCGUCCUCUCCUUCCUGGCCUUCGUUCUGGGGAACCGCCAGGACGGCCUGAUGUCCGAGGAGCUCCUGGGAGACAGUCUCACCGCCCGGGCGUGACGUCACUUCACGAUGCAGCUUCCUUCUGCUGGUGGAGCUGAUGUCUCGGAUGGAAGGCGAGGAGGUCCGAAAGGCCGCACAACUUUGGGUGGAGACCAGGACGCUGCUUGGUCUCUCUGAACGCUGCCCGUGUCUCCAGGACGGACGGACGGACGGACACACACACACACGCACACAACGGAGCGACAGAUCCAGACUUUGAACGACACAGAUGAGGACUUUUAAAGACUUGAGGUCAAAGGCGUCACAUCUGCCUUCAAGGACACAAACUUCCCGCAAAGGAGACCGGUUUGACCUUUGACCCGACUGCAGUUUUGUUACAGUUUAAUGUUUGACGUGAUGGAUUCAAAUGUUGUGAAUAGACGUUUUGCUGUUGACAACCUUGGAAAAUGUCAUAAAUAGAAGAAUAUAAAUUGAUGACAAAUAGCCGGUGUUUUAGCUGUAUGUAGAUUGGCGAUGUACUUUGUCUUGACGUUGAAAUGUCUUGAUGCAUUAUUAGUGCGUGCCGAGCAGUGUCUUGUGAUCCGACAGUAUUGUGCUAACAGUCGUGCAUCUAAGAGAGAUUCAUAUUACAUUUCAACAAAGCAUUUAAAAAAAUAAAAAUAAAAAAAGCAGAAAGUAGGUGCAACACAGCAACUCGAGAACUGUGACACUCCUUUGAUAUUCGUCCUGUUACUUCAGUUAAAAUAGAGACAUUACUUGUCUCUGAAGCCCGAAGGCGCAAGAAGAAGGUAGAAGAAGGUCGUGUGUCAAGGUGACGACAUUGAUUUGGAUCCUUUUCACACAGGUGAUCUCAUGAAGAACUUAGAAGUGGAUCCAAAGUGUCAGAUGUAAUAAAGAAAUGAACACAUUUGCUGAGGAAUGUGUGCAAUAUUGUGUUAAAAGGUUCAUUGUUUUAAAAUAGUGAAUAAUUACACUUUGUAACAUGUUCACAUACCUUGCAUGCAGCAUCUGAAGGAUGGGAACAAUUUCAAUGUACAAUUUCUGCAAGGUGAGUCGAUUAUAGUUUAAUGUCACGUUGAGGGUUCACACAACGUUGUUCAGAACCGUCGCCGCCCUUUCUGGGGCAGAGAAAAGUCACCGUAUGCCACAAGUCACACGUACCAGUAGCCUAUGAAACCGUUUGGCCAUAUUGUGACUUUUUUUCUGACUUUGACAAUAUUGGAUAUAAUUAAAUGUAUGGUCUUUUUGUAGCAUAUUAUACAUUGUAAAUCUUUUGUAACAUUGUGUUGAAUAUUUUUUAUGCCAUCCUAACUGAUUAAAUUAUGCUAUUUCUAUGA